UCAGGCCCCUAGGUCCUCAACCCUAACGCCAAGAAUCCAAAACCCACCAUAAGCGCCAACCUCCCUCUCGAACUCUCCAGACCCUCGUCCCCGCUGAACCCUGUCAUUUCCCACUUCCAAGCGCAGAACUAGGGUUUUCGUCGGAGCCACCUCCCUUCCGAGCUAUCGUAAUGGCGAUCGCGGCCCAGACUCUCGAUAUCCUCGGAGAACGCCAGUCCGGCCAAGAUGUCCGCACCCAGAACGUGGUGGCGUGCCAGGCGGUUGCCAACAUUGUCAAGUCGUCGCUCGGUCCGGUCGGUCUUGACAAGAUGCUGGUUGAUGACAUUGGUGAUGUGACAAUUACUAAUGAUGGUGCGACAAUACUCAAAAUGUUAGAAGUUGAGCAUCCAGCUGCCAAGGUUCUUGUUGAGCUGGCUGAGCUUCAAGAUCGAGAAGUUGGAGAUGGGACAACAUCUGUGGUUAUUGUAGCUGCAGAGCUGCUUAAGAGAGCAAAUGAUCUUGUAAGAAACAAGAUUCAUCCAACAUCUAUAAUCAGUGGCUACAGGCUUGCAAUGAGAGAAGCCUGCAAGUAUGUCGAGGAAAAACUGGCUGUAAAGGUUGAAAAGCUUGGAAAAGAUUCCCUCAUAAACUGUGCAAAGACAAGCAUGUCUUCAAAAUUAAUCGGCAGUGACAGUGAUUUCUUUGCAAAUUUGGUUGUAGAUGCAGUUCAAGCUGUGAAGACUACAAAUGCGAGGGGAGAAGUAAAAUAUCCGAUUAAGGGCAUAAAUAUCUUGAAAGCUCAUGGAAAAAGUGCCAAAGAUAGCUACUUGCUUAAUGGCUAUGCUUUAAAUACAGGCCGUGCAGCUCAAGGAAUGCCUACUAGAGUUGCUCCUGCAAGAAUCGCAUGUCUUGAUUUUAAUCUCCAGAAGACAAAAAUGCAAAUGGGUAUUCAAGUCCUGGUCACUGAUCCUAGAGAACUUGAAAAAAUUCGUCAAAGAGAAGCUGACAUAACAAAAGAGCGAAUCGAAAAAAUUAGAAAAGCAGGAGCUAAUGUUGUAUUGACUACCAAAGGAAUUGAUGAUAUGUCACUAAAGUAUUUUGUGGAGGCUGGGGCUAUUGCUGUGAGACGUGUUCGCAAAGAGGAUUUGCGUCAUGUUGCCAAGGCCACUGGUGCAACUGUGGUGUCCACAUUUGCUGACAUGGAAGGAGAGGAAACUUUUGAUUCAUCAUUUCUAGGAUAUGCUGAUGAAGUUGUGGAGGAACGAAUUGCUGAUGAUGAUGUAAUUCUGGUGAAGGGCACUAAAAAUACAAGCGCGGUUUCCUUGAUACUUAGAGGUGCAAAUGACUUCAUGCUUGAUGAGAUGGAUCGAUCAUUGCAUGAUGCAUUGUCCAUCGUGAAGAGGACCCUCGAGUCUAACAUGGUUGUUGCUGGCGGUGGCGCAGUAGAGGCUGCGUUGUCUGUAUACCUCGAGUACCUUGCUACAACUUUGGGAUCUAGAGAGCAGUUGGCAAUUGCAGAAUUUGCUGAGUCUCUUCUGAUAAUACCUAAGGUACUUGCUGUGAAUGCUGCAAAAGAUGCGACUGAAUUAGUUGCCAAACUUCGGGCUUACCACCAUACUGCCCAAACAAAAGCAGACAAGCAGCACCUUUCAAGUAUGGGUCUAGACCUAUCAAAGGGUACAAUCCGCAAUAACCUGGAAGCUGGAGUUAUUGAGCCUGCCAUGAGCAAAGUGAAGAUAAUACAGUUUGCAACUGAGGCAGCCAUUACCAUUCUGAGGAUCGAUGAUAUGAUCAAGCUUGUCAAGGAUGAACAGCAGAAUGAAGAAGAUUAGAUAUUAGUUUUGGUGGCCUUAAAUGUAACCAGAUUACAGUUUUGUGAUUUUUGGUAGUUUCUUGUGAUUCCACUGAUCUAGAGAUGGGAACUUUGGUGUCACUGUAUGUCAGUUGUGGUAAAUGAUGAUUGGGGUGUUUAUAGACUUAACACAUCUUUCCAAUAUUUUGACAAAGUGUUAAACGAGCGCUUUCUGUUGUUCCAU